AUGGGCAAUCUGUCAGCAGCAGACGAGCCACUCCGGCGAGGUUUAGAACACGAAGACGAAGAUUAUGAGCGUACCGUCCAAAAGAUACUCAACCAGGAUUUUGGGGACUGGCCAAACGAGGCAGGCUUCGAAGGCUUGACCGAAGUUCAAGGUCCUGUCGAGCUCCGUGUCAAGGGGUCUAUCCCGCCGUGGGCCGCGGGCACAUUGUACCGUACUGGUCCUGGUCAAUAUAACGUGGAGGAUACACCACGGGGUACUUACCGUACUACUCACUGGUUUGACGGUUUUGGUCAUUCGCAUAGGUUUGCUAUAAUCCCAGCGGAAGACGGCUCGGUACGAGUUGAGUACACUUCCCGGAGACAGUCAAAAGCGCUGGUGGAGGACAUUCGCAAGAAUGGCCGGCGGUCCAUUAUCAGCUUUGGGCAACGUCAGGACCCUUGUGUGGGGAUCUUCGGCAAGUUGAUGAGCACAUUUCGAAUGGCUACGCCAAUUGCCCACCCAGAGUUAGACAACAUUUGUGUCACUGUCCAGGGUACAGUGCCAGGUCUAUCAUCAGCUACGAGGCCUCUAGAAUCUGGACACAAAGCCGUCCCCAAAACUUCCUGGCUUGGUUCGGACGUUGCUAUACUGAAAGAAGUCGAUGAGAAGACCAUGGAAUCCAAGACUUGUGCACUGCAAACAAAACUGCACCCGGAUCUUAGAGGUCCACUUAGCUGUGCCCAUGCCCAAACAGAUCCCGAGACUGGUGACUAUUUCAACUACAACCUCGAACUCGGCCGUGUAUCAACGUACAGAGUAUUUCGGUCAAAUGCUUCUACCGGCGUCACUGACAUACUAGCCACCAUUUCCCAGAGCAACGUCAAGCCCGCAUAUAUCCACUCAUUCUUUCUCACAAAAUCAUAUGUCGUUUUAUGUGUUCCGUCAACACACUUCGGCGCUAUGGGGUUGUGGAUACCAUGGGAGCUAAACCUGGUGGAUGCCCUGGCACCGUUCGAUACAAAGAACGUAUGCAAAUGGUUUAUCAUUGACCGCAAAGGCGAUCAAGGGGUUACGGCACAGUUCGAAACUCCAGCUGGCUUUCAUUUUCACAGCAUCAAUUCCUUCGAGGAACGUGAUGAAUCAACAGGGGGCACCGAUGUUUUCUGCGACCUCCUGCAAUAUCCAAAUGCAGAUAUUAUACGAUCAUAUGAGAUAGACGUCUUGCUUGGUAACGAUGGUAUGACUCAAAAUUUCUGGGGCAAUGAGAGCAAGACUCGUGACGCCCUAGUCCGACUUGUGAGAUACAAGUUCAGUAUACCGAAGGAAAAUUCAAUCGAGGACAAAAGAUCACAGUUCCUGAAGGCUGAGAAGCUACUGGAAAUCAAGUCACCACAUGUCGGUGAAUUGCCCACCAUCAACCCGGAUUACGCUACAAAAAAAUACAAGUAUGUCUACAGCCUGCCUAACCGUGGGUAUAGCACGUUGUUGGACAGCCUUGCCAAGACAGACAUUGAGACACGACAAACACUCUACUGGGAUAAUCCCAACGGUCAUACACCUGGCGAGGCUAUCUUUGUGCCACGCCCUAAGAACGAUGAGAAUGGCGAGAUAGCUGAGGAUGAUGGUGUGCUGCUAAGCGUGGUUUUAGACGGCCAUGGUAAGAAGAGUUACUUGGUCUGUAUUGAUGCAAAGACGAUGAAAGAGCUCGGAAGGGCUGAGUGUGAUUGGGCUGUAGCACUCGGGUUCCACGGUCUUCAUGCAAGAGCAUAG